CAUUUCUUCCUUAUUCUCUUAGCCAUGGCGUCUGCCGAUCUGAAAGACGAGCUGCUCUGCUCCAUCUGUUUAUUUAUUUUUAAGGAUCCUGUAAUGCUGAGAUGUGGACACAACUUCUGCCGUGUCUGUAUUGAUCGUGUACUGGAUACACAGGAUGAGUCUGGGGUUUAUACCUGUCCUGAAUGCAGAGAAGAGUUUCAGGAGCGGCCUGCACUGAUGAAGAACAUAAAUCUUCAUAAUGUAGCAGAACGUUUCCUGUUUACUCAGCCAGAUCCAGUGGAGAUCAGCGGGAUCUUGUGCACUUACUGUGUGGACUCUCCUGUACCUGCUGUUAAAUCCUGUCUACACUGUGAGGCUUCUCUGUGUGAGAAACACCUGAGAGUUCACAGCAAGUCAUCAGAACACGUCUUAUCUGACACCAGCACUUCCCUGGAGAACAGGAAAUGUUCUGUCCAUAAGAAGAUCCUGGAGUUUUACUGCACUGAGGACUCUGCUUUUAUCUGUGUGUCCUGUAGUUUGGCUGGAGAACAUCAGGGACACCAGGUAAUGGUGCUGGAUGAGGCCUCUGAGAAGAAGAAAGGGAAACUGAGAAAUAUUUUCCAGAAACUGUCCACAAAGCGAGAGGAGACUGAGAAAAUAGUCCAGAACCUGGAAGAACGCAGGAGAAAAGCUCAAGGAAAAGCAUCUGGAGAAGCAGAGAGAGUCACUGCCCUGUUCACAGACAUCAGGAGAAGACUGGAAGACCUGGAGAAGAGGGUCCUGAGUGAGAUCUCCAGGCAGGAAAAGGAAGAGUCAAUUUUACUCUCUUCUCUGAUUCAGAAGCUGGAAAUAAAGAAGGACGAGCUGUCCGGGAAGAUGAGACACAUUGAGGAGAUGUGUAACAUGACUGAUCCACUGACUGUCUUACAGGAACCAGAUACAGGUGACUUGUGUGAUCCUGAGGAGGAAGGAGGUGAUGAAGACAUAAAUAGAUGUCUCCAUGAUGUAGGUGAUCUGGAUGUGACUGUGAUCUCAGACAAAUUACACACAUUAUGUGACAUAAUAACAGAUAUAAGGAGAGGGAUCUAUAUGGAGGGUCCUGCAGACAUAUUACUGGAUGUAAACACAGCUGCUAAUAACGUCCUUAUAUCAGACGACCUGAAAACUGCAACCUGGACACAAUAUAAUCAGAAUCGUCCAGGAAGAGCAGAGAGAUUCCAGUAUAAUCAGGUGAUGAGCAGCAGGGGAUUUACCUCAGGGCGACAUUACUGGGAUGUGGAGAUUAGUGGAUCAGGGAUGUGGAUGGUGGGGAUGUGUUAUCCCAGUAUAGACAGGAGGGGAGGAUGGUCAUACAUUGGAGAGAAUAACAAGUCCUGGGGUUUGAUGAGGUAUGAUGAUCAGUAUUCAGUGAGACAUGACAGUAAAGAUAUCCAGUUACCUGACGAGAUCUCCAGUAAUAGAGUCAGGAUAUGUCUGGACUACGAGGCCGGGCAGCUGUCCUUUUAUGAGCUGUGUGACCCCAUCAGACACCUACAUACCUUCACUGCCGCCUUCACCGAGCCCCUUCAUGCUGCGUUAUGUGUAUGGAGAGGUUCUAUAAAGAUAUCAGGGGGAAGCAGAAACUGGGAGAAACCUUCAUAACCUAUGAAAUCUGUCCUGAGACUGGUGACAGUAAAGAUAUCCAGUUACCUGACAAGAUCUCCAGUGAUCAGACAUCCCAACCUGCAAAAACUCAUUUCAGGGAGGUUUUCUUUUUUUCAUUCACAAACUUUUUAUUACAUUUCCCAAACAUAUGCAGUAUCUGCACACUUUGCUCUAUGGUGUGGAGGACUGGGCUCAUUACCCUGCCCCAAAUUAUCAUAUUUAUGUAUAUGAUUAAAGGGAUUCUGUCACCACCUAUAAGCCCUGUGAGCUAAACAUAUGCUCAUGUCCAGGGUAGCAGUAUGAUUUCUAAGGUGGCCUUAUAAAAGCUAUGUGUGGCUUUAUUCUGCGGAAAAACAGGUUUUACUUACCUGUCAAUCGUUGAAUUAGGGUGCCCAAGCAGGGGAGGUCUGUGGAUGCAUGGUGCCCGGCCACACACAUCACCGUUCGUGCCCAGCGCCGCGUUCUACUCCUCAGUGCCGCCUCUUCCCUCUCGCUCCCUCCCCCUCCUCCCGCUUUGAGAUCCCGCGCGUGCGCACAGGCUCAGCCUGAUGCGCUGUUGCGGACUGCUGGCAUCAGCUUCUUCUUGCACUGUGCGCACGCGCCGAGAAGGGGACACAGCUACAGGUUGCCAGAAAGGUUUACUGCGAGUAAACUAGAGAUGGGAAGUUCGGAUCUUUCACAUGAAUCGGUUCAUGAAUCGAAUCUUCGGUUCACUCGCUGAGUCUACUGACUGCUGAGCUGAGAUGCAAGUGAAUCGAAGAGCUUAGGUGGUGCACAUGCGCGGAUGCUUCGAUUCACUUGCUGACUAGCUGAGACGGCUCUUCGCACUUGGUCUGAGCUCUGACUGAGUGAGGAAGGGAAGGGGACAGGACUCAGGACAGAAUGCAUUGUCUAUAAAAUAGUCCACAGUCCGCACAGACAUCACACAGGACAAUAACUAGUGUGAACCCACCCUUAGUGAUAUAGCUACUGAAUCCUAAAGGGUUAAUUCAACCUGUAAUCUAAACUCUGUCCUGUCACUUCUCUUAUCUCUCUGCUGACUGUCUGUCUCUUAACCUCAUCACUGCUGCAGCCUGGUCAUGACUGCUGUCUGUACAUUAACCUCAUCACUGCUGCAGCCUGGUCAUCAGCCUCAGUGUAAACUGUUCGAGUGACUGACGGUUCUUUUAACUCAAAGAAUCGAAUGAGUCUGUAAUAAGGCCUCUUUCACACUUGCGUUGUCCG